UCCUCGGCAUCUGACCGUUUACAUAACCUACAGAGCGAACUCGACCUUCCACAACAUCAGUUGAUUCAAGACGUCAAUACCCGCUGGAACUCGACCUUCCUUAUGUUAAAGAGGCUGUUGGAGCAACGUCGAGCCAUAACACUGUACUGUGCAGAAAAUGAAAAAUUAAGCAAUUUAUCUCCAAGCCAGUGGUCUGUUGGUGAGAAAGUGGCUGUUCUUCUACAACCCUUUGAGGAAGUUACCCGUGAAGUAAGUGCAGCUGCAGCUUCUAUUUCCAUUGUAAUUCCAUUAGUACAUGUUCUGAAGACAUUCCUGCAGCGUGAGGGUAAUGAUAAAGGAAUUAAAAAUAUGAAAAGUACAUUACUCGAAUGCUUGAACAGCAGGUUUGAAAACUUAGACAACAACCGUCUGUACAGCAUAGCAACAUUGCUUGACCCUCGUUUUAAAUCUCUUGUACUAAAUGAGAAUGCAUGCACUGAAGCAAAGGCAGGAGUCCUAAUUUGUGCAACACGUCACCAAAAUCCUGUCACAGAAAGUGUAACACAAGCACACCUCUUCUCUGAAGCAGUUGAACCGCCAACAAAAAAGGCCAGGUUAGCUGAAUCCAGUUUGUGGGACUGUUUUGAUGAAUUGGUGGCACAAGAAGAAGCUAGUGUACCAACGGUCGUCAAAGUACAAAGCCAGCAAGAUAUGAUUAAUGAAGAGCUGUCCAAAUACCUGAGUGAGCCACUGAUUCAUCGAAAAGAUGAUCCAGUUUUAUGGUGGAAGGUUAAUGCCAGUAGAUUUCCUGGAUUAGCAAAGGUUGCUCAAAUCUAUCUAGCACCACCUCCAACCAGUGUGCCAUCGGAGAGACUGUUCAGCGUCGCUGGACGAAUUAUCAAUGACUAUCGUACGAAACUUAUACCAGACAAUGCUGAAAAACUUAUUUUUCUAAAAUAUAACUCAUCUUUAAUAUAACAAACAACUAAUGAAUUCAUUUGAAACCUAGUUCUUGUCAUAUAGAUUCAUUUUCUUUUUGCUGUGCUUUAAUGCUUUAACUUUUAAAGGAUGUGUAUAUGUUUAUUAUAUUAAAUUAGCAUUAUGUAUUCUUUUGUAAAUAAAUAAAUAAAUAUUACUGUUGAAUUACUUUUUCUAACGUGUUAACUUUAAAUCUUACUCUUGUGUUAUGCGUGUCUUGAUUGAAUCACAAUAUUCUUAAUAAUAAUUUAAGAGUGUUAAGUAACUCCUCGUUAUUACUGAAAUUACUUAAGAUAUUUACGUAGCCACUAUCUGUAUUAGGUACAAACCAGAAGCGGUUUGUGGCCUUUAAAACACGAGCCUAAUGACAAGUUGAUGGUGUCAUAUACAUGAACACAAACAUCCACCCACUAUACAACUUAGACUGUACUUAAGAGAGAUUAACGCUAUAAAACCAAGAUUGAACUUUACCUUUACCUUAGUUACAUAUAAGUUUAUAUAUUCUGCAUGAGUUAUCCCACAUUCUACUUUACAAUUAGCGGCCUCAUACAUACGCACACACCAUCUCAUGUUACAAAGAUUAGUUUAUGAUAAGCAUAUCUGUAAAAAAAAUGCUCAAUCAGUGAUAGAGUUUAAAGUAAGAAAGUAAAUAACAAAAUAAUAUGAAUAUAGUUAUGUUAUAUAGAAGAUUUGCAAAAACUUCAGUAAAACGAGCUGUUUGAGUCAUGUAGGUAUCCGGCUCCGGACGAAUAUCUAAUUUUAC